CGGUUGGAUCUUCAGUCAACUCUUCUUCUUCUUCCUUUCUUGGAGCGAUUCCGGUGAGAUGUUGAUUGUUGACGGUGAAGGUGUCGUGAAUCGGUUACGGUGGUUGAAGAUUCUACGAGGAUGAUCGGAGGUUGGUACAGUGAAUGUGGUUGAAGAACCGAGGUGGAAGAGGAGGUUGAAGUGGUGGCUUAGCUCUGCCGUGUGGAGCUUCGAAUGAUGAAGCUCCCACAACAAUGGAGGAUGAGCGUGUGCUGAAGGUGAGGAUUGAGUGCAGAAGCUUCUGGGAAUCAGGAAAAAAUCGUUCGAACCCAAUGAUUGGCAAUGAUUGCAGCUUAUAUAGCACAAUCCCAAGGGUAAAUUGGAGAAUUAAGUAUGAAUCAUCCAGCUGGCACCUGAGUGAACGAGAAGGUUUUCUUGGUUUUGAUCUCUUGGCUUUUCACGUGCCGUCUUGUUUUUUCAAUUUUCUUUUGGCUUGGUGCUGCUGCGUGCCGCUCAUGUUUCAGCUUUUGGUAGUUGAGUUUGGACUGCAGUCGUACAGUUGCCGUUGGAUUGUGAAGUUUGUUGCAUUGCGGGAUUUGUGGCAUUGAAGAUUACGCAACAUGAUUGAUUGUAUUUCCAUUUCGUUGUCGCACAUUGCCAACUAUUGAUACCAUGGUAUUGCUGGCUUGCAGGUAGCUUGACACUCAUGCACUUGAUUCAAGGAUUAUGAUGGUGUGUGAAGGGUCGAGUAGUGAUCGAGACAAACGGCAUAGCAGGUGGAUCACUGGCUUAUGGAAUGGUUUUGACAGUUCUGCUUGAACUGAUGUGAAUAUGGUUGGUUGUUGUACAAGGUUGAGUUGCUAGGUUUGGUGUCAAGUAUUUGAUUGCCUCAGCACGCUGAAGAUUUUCUAAGCAAUUUGGAUCAGCUGACAAGUGAUUACUGCAGUAUCUUCAUCAACAAAACGAGUGGUUCUACCCUAUUAAACAUCUGGAAAAGUAGACCGAGUAAGCUUCGACUACACAUAUAAGACUUCACCGCUGUAUCCGCUUGUGCAAACUCAAGCAAAAGAUCUGCCACUUUUUCAAGGUACUCUUUUGCAACUUAUGCAUGCAAUGAUGAAACCAUGUGGGAAAGUAAUCCAGAUGAAGUAGCACUACUUGUCUAGCAUUUAGAACACCUGAACCAGACAGUACACCGGACGCCGUCUGAGAUGCGAUCCCAGAUGUGGAGGCAGCUCCUUCACUAGAACCAAAAGUCCCUAAUUUCUUGGGAGCAACUCUUUGAGACACUCUAGCAUCGGAGUCAAGAUUUCCGUUUUCCCUUCCACGUUGAGAAACAUCUGCAACUUCUGCCAUCA